UCCUUCUCUGCUUCCUUGAGAACGAGAACGCCCGAGAGUUUUUAUUGUUCUCAAGAAAGCUCAGAACUUGCUCUUGUCCAGCAUCAGGCUAACAACCCUCUCCUGAUUCCUGUCUGCCACCUAGCUGGGUAGCAGUGGCUUCCUGCUUCCAGGACAGUUUUACAAAGCACCGCUAUUGCCUCCUUUAGACUUCGGAAGCCUGUGCCCCUUCCCUCUGGGAAGCCCAUCCAGCCUAGGCCAAGCUCUAUCGUGAAGCCCCACAUCACCAAGGGACUGUCUUUCUGAGGUCACACUUGCUUCAUAAACAUAUACUUCUGAAUGCCCCGGCCUCUAUACCCUGCCUUCCCGCGAGCCCGCGCCAAGUGACUAUUUGCGGAAGGAACGAACAGAGGAAUCGGCCAACCAUCGCUCGCCCCUUCCCCCGUCGCGGCGCCACAGCAAUGACGUAUUAAGCUGGCGCCGCGAGAACGGGCGUGUCGGGGCGCCUGCGCGAAGGGGCACGCAUGCGCAGAGGCGCGAGCCCGCUGACAGAUUCUCGAAGGCGGCGGCGGCGGCGGCGGCCUUGGGCCGCGGGGAAUGGGAGUCCCAGGGCACUGACUGAGCACCGCCCCCGCCUCCCUGCCGCGACAUGGCUCAGGAGAAGAUGGAGCUGGACUUGGAGCUGCCUGCGGGCACGGGCGCAAGCCCGGCGGAGGGCGGCGGCCCGAGCGGCGGGGGCCUCCGGAGGUCUAACAGCGCCCCCCUGAUCCACGGCCUCAGCGACUCCUCGCCGGUGUUCCAGGCCGAGGCGCCCAGCACCAGGCGGAACAGCACGACGUUCCCGAGCCGCCACGGCCUGCUGCUCCCGGCCUCGCCGGUCCGAAUGCACAGCAGCCGCCUGCACCAGAUCAAACAGGAGGAGGGCAUGGACCUGAUCAACCGAGAGACGGUCCACGAGCGCGAGGUGCAGACCGCAAUGCAGAUAAGCCACUCCUGGGAGGAAAGUUUCAGCCUGAGUGACAACGACGUGGAGAAAUCCGCCUCCCCAAAGCGCAUCGAUUUCAUUCCGGUGUCUCCAGCACCGUCACCCACCCGGGGAAUUGGGAAGCAGUGUUUUUCACCGUCCUUGCAAAGUUUUGUGAGUAGCAACGGAUUGCCUCCAAGUCCUAUUCCCAGCCCAACCACCCGAUUUACUACCCGCAGAAGCCAGAGUCCCAUCAACUGCAUUAGACCAAGUGUUCUUGGACCAUUGAAAAGAAAAUGUGAAAUGGAAACUGAUUAUCAGCCAAAGAGAUUUUUCCAGGGCAUCACCAAUAUGCUUUCUUCUGACGUUGCACAGCUGUCAGAGGCCGGUGUGUGUGUAUCUUCUGAUACCCUGGAUGGAAACAGCAGCAGUGCCGGAUCUUCCUGUAACUCACCAGCGAAAGUCAGCACUACCACCGACUCUCCUGUGUCUCCCGCCCAAGCAGCCUCCCCCUUUAUUCCAGUAGAUGAACUUUCCUCAAAGUGACUCACUCGUCUUGAAUCCCCCUCCCCCAAUGGAGAGAGAAAAAAAUCAAGUUAGAGCAAGCACUGAACUUUGUUGAUUACGUUGAAGCUGUUUCCUAUUUGACUCUUCCCUCUUUUUGGAAAUUCCUGAAAUGUUAUUCUAGAGAAUUUCUAUGUCAGGUUCCUGCGGACGCCCUUGAAUUCAGUGUAGUAAUAUUUUCAGACUUUUUAUCAAUAAGUGUGUUGAAGCAUACAUUUUACGCUGCUAAUAUGUCUAAAUACAUAUGUUAUCCCUUGAUUUUUUAAAUAAUUGAGAGCUCUAUUUAUUUAUGGGAUUAUUAAGUUCUGAUGAAAAUAUAAAUGUUGAAUUUCAGUUUAGUAAACUGAUGUUUUAAAAUUCCAUAGUUCAUGGCACACUAAUUUUUGGUGUUUUCAAUGGUUGCUGUUUUCCAUCUACUGAAGAACUUACCUACUUACAGCUUUAAAAAUAAUAUGUUAGUCAUAUCAGUCCAUUGGUUGUCUAGUUUACCCAGGAGCCCUCGGAUAUUUAAUGUCCUAGGCAGAAAGGUGGAUGGGAGGGAAAAAAAAAAAAACACAAAAAGAGAAUAACACUUUGAAGCAAAUAUUUUAAAAUUAAGUAUAUAAAAGUAAAUAUUUAAGGACAUUUUCUAACAAUUUUCAUAGUAACUCACAAUAGCAAAUCACAUUAAUAUAAGUACAAAAAUGAAAAGUUUCUUUUUGAAAACAUUUUUAACCAGAAAGUGCAUUCUUUUGGGUAUAAUCCUAAACAAGCAAUGGGACAGUGCCUUGUAGUCUUAGCUCACUGAGGCAGGCGAAGGCAAGGCCCUUGCUGCCAUUUCAGAUUUAGCACUUGUGAAAUGUAAACGGGAAGCACCAUUGAGUGUUAGGAGAACACCCAGCAGACGGUACUCUCUCAAUUCAUGAUAGACUUUAAGAUAGCCAGUCUCCAUUCUUAAAAUCCUUGCCAAUGAGAAGCCAGAGCAGCAUUUGGCUGCUAUUUUGCUCUGCCCAUCUGUUGCCUUCAUACUUUUCCCUUGCUCAGGAAGGAAGCAGUAGUUUCCUUGCCAACAGGUACUUCCCACCUCCUGCCUAGCUAGGGCAUGGUUAGAUAAAGGAACUUCUGACUUGGAUUUCUAACAGUGUGAUAUAUCUCUGUAGAUGGAGCUAUAUUAACAGCAUUGAAAAUGUUAAUUAAAGGCCAGUGAUGUGCAGGAGCUCAGUGGACAGUCACAUCCAUAAAUCAUUACUUAGGUUUUCUUAAAGGUAGAAGUGUGGGGUACUUUUCUUUUACAAUUAAGAAAAACAGCAAAUGCUUUUUAUAUUAUACUUUCUUACAGUACUUCAUCUAUCCUAGAAAGGUAAGACAGAUAGAUUGACCAAAAGGAAAAGGUUAACAAAAACAAAAAUCAAUACUUUAAGAAAGACCAUGACAAAAUUCCUACUUAACAUUUUUAAGUUGUCACCUACAGACUUUAACAAGUAUGUGGAAUUUUUACAACUAUGAGAAUAAAUGGAACUGGUCAACUCUUUAACAGUUGCAUCAGGGUCCAGUGAAAUGACA